AUGGGGCAGUUGCCGCGUUUUGAUGGACGUUCACCGGACCCUAAGGUGUGGAUUAGUCAGGCCACGCGUGCAUUACGGUGCUUCCUAGCCUCCAUACCCGAGGAGCAGCAGUUAGAUUACCUACUGAUGCACCUGACGGACUCCGCCUACGUGUGGGCGGAGAGCAAGGAUUUUCAGUCUGUAGCGGGCUUUGAUAAGGCUUUUAAGGAGCGCUUUAUUUGGGAAUCAACCGCUAAUGUCAUGCAGAGGCUGUCGGCUUUGAAGCAGAAACCGGGGCAGACGGUGACGGAGUUGGCGGACGAAGUGAGGCAGCUGGCGGCCUACGUUCCCAACUACCCUACGGCCAUGGCGGUGAGACACUUUAUUGAGGGGUUGGGGGACAAAGGCUUGAGGGAGAGGGUGCUGGGAGGAAGGCCAAUCUCCCUGGAGGCGGCUGAAGAAGCUGCCAAGUACUUUGUGUCCUAUUCGUUACCCAUGGGGAUAGAGCCGGUGGUGGAAGCUGCUAAAGAGAAGGACCCGGUGAAUAAGGAGUCAGAGGUGGAUAAAAUCACCAAGCAGCUGGAGAAGCUGAGUAUCCAGUUAGCCCAGAUGCAGCAAGGAAGGGGAGGCGGCUUACUCCCUAGGCCGGCAGGAGGCGGAUUUAAAUGUUACCAGUGCGGAAAGGAGGGGCAUAUGGCUCGGGACUGCACCCAAAAGGGACGGGCGGCGCUGAACGUCAUGCAGCAGGUCCUAGAAGGAAAAGCCCCGACUAUAGCGGAAUUUCUUAACGGGGAAGAGGGAAAGCUGGAUAUGCUGGUCGGACCUCGGAAAAGGCAGGCGGUCCGGGACCCGGAAGGAUGGGGAAUAGACGAGGCGAGGGAGGAGUUGAGGAAGAAGCUGGCUGAGACGGGCGGGGCUGAGGAAGCAGCUAAGGGAUCCCGGUUUGUACGGAGGCCACGGGUAUCCGCCCUACCCAACUCAUAUAAUGUGGUGGACCAGCUGAAACUCACCCCCGUGAGCGCCAGCGUCUGGAAUUACAUAAGCGACAGUGACAAGGUGAGAAAAGAGUUGUUGGAUGCUCUGAAGCUGGCUGAGGAUAAGGGGAAGGAGGACGGGGCAGCCGCCAUGCAAGGGGUUUCGAUAGUGGCAGCUGCUCCACGGGAGUCUAGGCAUGAGGACCCGAUCCCCAGCAAUCUAGUCUUCCAAGUCCCCCAGUGCGAUGUCCACCUAGGCAAGCACCGUCUGACCGCAAUAGUUGAUUCCGGUGCGUCCCAAACGGCCCUUUCGCACGUCAUCGCUAGGAAGUUAGGGCUCCUACCCUACCUCCAGGACACCACGAUAGAGUAUACCACCUCUAGUGGGGAGACGUCGAAGCCAUGGGGGAUUUUGCCUGACGUGCCGGUGCGGGUGGGGAAGCUGACCCUCCCAAUCGAUAUAGCGGUGACCGGGGCAAAUACCUAUGACAUGCUGCUAGGACAGGACUGGAUCUAUUCGGCUAAUGCAGAUAUCCUGACCAGCAAAGGACAGAUAGUGUACCGGGUCAAUACCAAAGAGACAGACUCGGUCCCUAUCACCACUGGACCCGUGGGCAUGGGUAGCCGUCCCUCCUAUGUGUCCCUCCCGCCCCAAACACCCCGCAGGAAUGAUCCCAACCCCCCUCAGCAUUGGUCCGGGAUGAAUGAGGAGGAGUUCCAGCGGUGGCUAGAGGAGAAGCAGCUCCUCCUAGCCAAAGAGCAAGGGCGCAUCCGGUUAACGGAGGAGGAGGAGGCGGAUUACUGGGCAUGGGUCCAGGAGGAAGCGGAGUUGGAUCGGGCGGAGUUGGACGUCCUAGAACUCAAGGAGCAUGAGUUCUAUGAGGAGCUCGGGGCAGACGGGCUCAAUGGCAUACCCGAGGGAGUUGAGCCAGAAGGAGAAGUCGGGACGGAUGACGAGAUGCCUAAUCUCUUUGGGUCGGAUGGGGAACGUUACUCUGACCUUGGGGCGUCGGAUGAUGAGGCUGGGGAACCACAAUGGGACAUGGGGUAUGAGGAGGCACGGAAGGCUGUGGAGGAAAAAGGGGAAAUCACGGACCUAUGGGAAGGGGAUUCGAUGACGGACGGGGAAGAGUACCUGGUGGAGGACAAGGAGGAAGGGGAGCUGAUUUAUGAGGGGAAGGGGCACCGGAUCAGUCCGGACUACCUAUUCGAGCUAUUCAAUUACCCGGCAGCUGAGCGGUGGCAAUACUUGGCAGCUGAAAAAGGGGAUGAAGGUCGGAUAGUUCUUGGUAGUUAUUACAGCCUCAAAAAGGAGGCCCCUCGAGUUGCCUGCCCUGCCUUUGAGGACCUACCGGUAUCACUCAACCAUGAAUUAGGGAUGGCCCAACAGACGGACCUGAGGAAGCUGCUGGUAGAGUAUCGGGAGGUCUUUGCCACAGAAGCCGAACCGUUAGGCACCCACCCCACCGUCCUUCAUCACAUUGCCACUGGGUCAGCCAAGCCCAUAUCCCACAAACCAUACCGGGUAUCCCCAUCGGAACGGGCUCGGAUAGAAGAGGAGGUAGCGGCCCUCUUAGAACAAGGCGUGAUCCGACCCUCCAACAGCCCCUGGGCCUCCCCGUGUAUCGUCAUCCCGAAAAAGGACUUCGGUGAUCGGGUGGUGAUCGAUUACCGACCCCUCAGUGCGGUGACAGAAGCAGCGGACCAGUUUCCCAUGCCAAGGAUAGAUGAUAUCCUCGACCGGAUGACGGGGUCGCUGUAUUUCUCAGUCCUCGACGUCAAAUCGGCCUAUCAUACCAUCAGAGUGGCCGAAGAGGACAUCCCUAAGACCGCUUUUGUUACCUCCUCGGCUGGGGAAGAAAGCAGCAGCUCGGUUGAUGGGGAAGGGGACGGAGGGGAUAGUGGUGAAGAGGAAGGAGACGAGGUGGACGGCCGUGAGCCAGAGGAACUGAGUAGCAAUACGGAAAAACGGGAUGGGGAAGAAGAAGGAGAGGUCGGACGAGCCGGAUCCGAAGAAGCCGAUAAUGAGGAUGAAGGGUCGGGAGAAGAGGACGAUGAAACAGACGGAUCCGGAGAUGGGGAUGGUGAGGACGGGGAGGAGGAGGAAGAAGAGGAGGAAGAGGAGGAGGCAACCGAAGGGGACAAGGAGAUGGUGGCUCCAGGGGUAGGAGGACAGGAAAAUGACCAUGAAGGGUCGGAAGAGAGGAGGUUAUCACCGCCAAUGACACAACCUCUCAAAAAGGUCAGACGUGAUAAGGGGAAAUUGAAGGAGGAAGCCGGGACCUCAAAGGGGGAUGAAAAAGAGGCCGGGGGAGGUGGACCCCCACACGGAUCUCAUGAGGGAGAGCAGCCGGAUAGAAGUCUCGCAUCCGAGACGAGCACGCUAGAUAUUUGGGAUGACCUCAACACCCUGUUCUACCUGGAGUGCGGGGAGGUUGAUCCGGCGUGGGAUACGGCUGAGAAACGGAGGGUGCGGGCCCGGGGAAAGAAGUUCGAACUACGGGAUGGGGUGCUCUGGAACCUGAAGGCAAAGGGGGAUAAAAAGCCGGUCCCUAGGAAGGAAGAGAGAGGGGAGAUCAUUAGCCUCCUCCACGGGCUGGGGCACCUUGGGGUCCAACGCACCACAGACCUGGUUCGGAAGCAGUACGACUGGUAUGGCAUGGGGAGUGACGUAUCAGCCUUUGUACGAGGGUGCCCUACCUGCACUUUCCAGAGGGGAUCCUGGACGGCAAAAGGGGAAUUGCGGCCGGUCCCAGUAACAAAGCCAUGGGACAGAGUGGUGAUCGACUUCGUCGGCCCACUACCGGUGACGGAAAAAGGGGGGAACCGAUACAUAAUAUCGGCCAUGGACCACUUCACCAAGUGGCCUGAGUGCAAGGCGGUGAGGCAUGCGGACUCAGCAACGGCAGCCGCGUUUGUAGCUGAGAAGAUCAUCUCCACACACGGCUGCCCGUUGGUGAUCCACACGGACAAUGGGCAACAUUUUCAUGGGGAGUUCGGGGUGCUGUUGGAAAAAUUCGGGAUUUAUCAUGAAUUCUCUCGCCCCAAUCAUCCUCAGAGCUCGGGGCUUAUUGAGAGAUUCCAGAGGACGCUAAAGGGGGCGUUGGUGAGGUUGGGGGAGACCAACCCAUUCGAAUGGGAUGAAAACAUCUGCUGGGUCCUGCUGGGGUACCGGGCCUCCAUUCAUUCCUCCACCAAAUUCUCCCCCUUUUUCUUACUCUAUGGCCGCCACCCCAACAUCACGGGUAGCACCUUGACGGAAUGGGAGGUAAAGGAGCUGACCGAGCUAUCCACCGAGGAGGAAGCCGAUGCAGCAGCUGGACUUAUCUAUGAGAGGUCCUCGGAGAUGGAGCUGGCUCUGGCAAAGGCAGCUGAGAACCAUGAUAAGGCACAGGAGAAGCAGAAGGUCGACUUUGACCGACGUCGAACCCUCCUGGAGCCGAUCAGGGUAGGAGAUUUUAUCCGGAUCAAACCGACCAAGAGGGUGGCUUGGGCAGACCAGGACCGGAAGUACAAGACCCUCUUUAGGGUCAAAGAGGUGGAGGCAUUUCAUGUGACCUUGGAGGCAAAAGGGGGGAUGGUAUGGCGGGAAUCCAGGGAGAACGUGAAGGUGGUGCAGGUCACCUUGUGA